AUGAUGCGCCUCCUCCGGCUCACGCGUGUGGCACGGAUUGCUCGGCUCUUGCGUUGCUUGGUGUGUGCAAUGGCAUGUUGCAGCUGGAAACGAGACUUUCGGGUGGACAGAGGAACGGCUUUCUGCCAGAAGUUUGUGGCUCAGACACAUGUGAAGACACAUGCAAGCCGUGCCACCCAGGUCUUUGCUAUUGCUUUCACGCAAGUGGCUGUGGACACAGACGCCGGUAAGGAAUAUUUUCACACUUUACCAGCUGCCAUGUUCAGUUUGGUGUUUUAUGGCUGCUUCAACAACAACAUGGUUGAGAUGGCGCGCCUGUGCUUUCAGGACGAUUUGGUGGUCAGCUUUCUCUUUGCGGGCUUUUUGCUGAUCGCACCGCUCACAGUGAUGAACCUUCUUCUCGGCGUAUUGGUUGAGGUGGUCCGCGUGGUGGCCACGGCUGAGCAGGAGGGUCGUGUGGUGCCGGAUGCUGAGACUUGUGCUCAUCAUGGGCGCAUGGCGCUGGACUUGUUGUAUGAAAACGAGGUCGGCGUUGACCUCGUCGCACUGGUGAAGGAUCCAAACAUCAUUUUUGAUGGUGAGCCCUACAUGGCUUUCCAGGAUUUCUUGGAUGAGAUCCUACUCCUUCGUGGCUCAAACUCCGCCACGGUCAAGGACACCGAGAAAACCUCCAGUUGGGCACUUCCAACAGGGAACUUCACCGUGUCUGGAACAUUUGCGUUGAGAGGCCCUAUUCUCCACCUAGGUGGAAACACGUGA